GCUUAAUAUCUUUUGUACUGGUUUCAAAUAUAAGGUUUAUUUGUUCGCUAUUCCUAAAAUGGUCAAAGUGUGGUAUAUGGAUAAAGAUCAAGAUGAUCAACGUUCAGAACACCAUCGAAACCCGCCACAAUAUUUUUCCAUAAAAGAGCUAUAUGAAAAAACCGGAGUUGAAUACUUUUGUAUAAAUGUAGAAAAAUAUGAAGACGAUCAAUUGCUUUCUACCAUUCGCAGGAACCGGAAUUACACUUUUGAAGAUGAGAUAACAUGUUCUAAGACGUGUUUACCGGACUUCGAGCUCAAACUAAAAACAUUCUACACCGAGCAUUUGCACACGGACGAAGAAAUCCGAUUGGUACUGGAUGGUUCCGGAUAUUUCGAUGUCAGAGAUGCAACAGAUGAUUGGAUUCGCAUAGCAGUUGAAAAAGGUGAUUUAAUAAUCAUACCAGCUGGCAUAUACCAUCGAUUUACAUUGGACUUAAAUAAUUACAUCAGAGCAAAACGAUAUUUUGUAGGUGAGCCCAUUUGGCAGCCUUAUAAUCGGCCGGCUGAUGGUAUGGAGUGUCGGCAGAAAUAUUUGCGGAAACAAGCUGAAGGAUUUUAAUAUUUAAAGAAUAAGAAGAGAACACGUUAUUGAAAAACUAAUAAUAAAUAAUAAACAAUGAAUAAGUGGGAUAAAUGAAAAA